CUUUGCCCUGUGACGUCAGCCUCUCUGGGGCAGACCUGGCCCCAGGCCUGGCUGGAUCCGGCUGCCAUGUUCUCCCUGCCGGCCCUCCCCUCCUGGCUCCCGGGCCUCUCCUCCCUCGAGUGGGGCUCCGGCCUCCUCCUCGACUCUGUCCUGAAAGGCCUCAUCGGGGCCUGCGGUGUCUCCGUCCUGAGCAGCCUCCUGAAGGUGUACUUCUUCGUGGGCUGUGCCAACAACCCCGAAUGGCGGCCGGAGAAGGUGCGGCUGCAGGCCCGGUGGGCCUUGCUGGAGACGGCGCACCUGCCCGGGCUGGCCCUCAUCCUGACCCUCGUGGGGCCCCGGGUGGCCUCCCUGGUGGUGCUGGAGUUCUCCCUCCGGGCUGUGUCCACGCUGCUGUCCCUGGGCAAGGGCUCCGGGAGUGCUGAGCGGCUGCAGCUGUGCCUGCUGGGCCAGUACUCGUUGGGCUGCGGGCUGACCUGCGGCCUGAGCUUCCUGCAGGAGGGCGCCCCGCACCGCACGCUCAACCUGCUGCUGGGCCUGGGGCUGGCCGCGCUGCUGAGCUCGCAGGCCCAGCGCCUCCUGCGCCACGUCUGCCGCCUCUACGAGCUGCACAGCAGCCAGCACUACUGCGGGGUCUGCCUGGGCCUGCUGGCCCGGGCCUGUGACCUGCCCCGCCUGCUGGGCCGCGCCCUGGUCGUGGCGUUCGCCGUGGGCGACCUGGCGGCCGUGGCCCUCAUCAACCAGGACUUCCUGACCACCUCGGAGGCCAUGCGCUUCUGGACGCCGCUCACCAUCUGCUACACCCUGCUGGUCAUCUACAUGCAAGAGGAGCAGCGGCAGCGCCCGGGCCUGCAGAGCCAGGUGCAGACGGUGCUGGUGCGCAUGGGCGGCCUCUUCGUGCUGCUGCUGACCGUGGGCCGCUGGCUGGACCUCCUGGGCGUCCUCGUCUCCCUGCUGGGCGAGCUCUGGUGCCUGCUGGGCGUGCGCGCCCUGCUCGGCCUCUGCCAGGUCCAGGAGUUUUCGCCCCAGAGGCCUUCCAUGUCAGCUCCGAGCCAGGCCCAGCCCUCAGCACCGGCCCAGACGCAGGACCCGGCCCCCUCCUGACCUGCCCGCAGAGGACUCUGCACCCAGGCUCACUGGAGGCCGCACAGCAUGGCGCCUGGCGGCUGGGGGCAGGGUGGCCCCACUUGGACUCGCACUGGAGCCCCCUGAGAGGGAGGGGAGGGUGUGGGGUGAGGAGGGGCGCCCGGGGUUAACCUUUAGGCAGGGUGGGCCGUGGGCGCAAA